AUGACUUUGAGAAGGCAUACGCUGCGGAUUCACGUGCCAAAGGAACAGUGGCGUUAUCACUGCCCAUACUGCGUUACGGUUUUCGUUGAACCGACCGGAUAUCAAAACCAUGUCGAGCACCGGCAUCCUGGCCGGUCUUGCACAUUCGGAUGUGCUAGAUGCUCAUACAGCACACUGUGUUCAACCAGCUUCUGGAACCACAUCGAGAAACACUCUCACAACGUCACCCUCGAAGCCUUGAAUGUUGCUGAUGUGAGCGAGACGUUGGCUGGCAACAACGAAAACUUGCAUCUUUUCACGGUAGACGAUGAAAUGGGUGUCGGCUGGAGCGACAAUGCCAUUGACACUUGCGACCUAAGGGGCUGCUCUGACGUGGUUAUUGCUAAAAAUGCCGGUGAUACUACAGACUCUUUUGUUAGAUAUAUUAGCAGUGCGCAGAAAGGUGGAUUUAUGAAGAAAGUAGAUCAUCUGUAUUCCAACUGUGGAGGUCCUGUGGUUACGGCGUUACGCUCUGAAGUGCAGGCGGUACCGGAAGUGCAAAUUCAGGUCGAAGUUAAAUCAGACGACUGCAAAACCGGGAAAAAUUUUCCGAAAGCCUGCAAAUCUAAUCCAGAAUUUCUUCCAGAUGGACAGAUUGAUUUUGACCUGGACUGA